AUGAGGCUGCCGACAAUGAAUCAUGGGCUAUCAGAGACUUUAUUUUAUCAGUUGAAAAAUGCCCAAAUGGAUGUGCUGCUUGCUAGGGUUGAUGAUAAGUCAGAGAACUGUAAUUUCUGGUAAUCUUUCGCUUCCAGUUGGACAGAAUUAGAUUCUAAUAAAUUAGGAGCUGAUGGCUGGGAAGUAACUGGUGGAUUGGCUCAUUCUACAUAAUGUGGACCUGUCGGCAUUUUUGGAGGUCUUGAGAAAAUGAUGAGGGGAGCAGUUGUCAGUAAACUUCUAAAGUUCAAGCCACAUUACAAGCUCAAGAUCAAGGUUCUUUGGGCUAAGUUAGAUUCUUGGGACAACGAGGCUGCUUAAAUCAAAAUUGAUGGAAAGUUAGUAUGGGAGAGAAGAUUCUAAUGGUUUGAGGGUUAUUUUGGUAAGAUAUGUGGUUGCCCAGUAUUUGAAUGGAAAACAAUGUUCGCUAGAACAGAAGUUGAUGUUGAUCAUACUGGUGAACAAGCUAAGUUUGAAUUCACUUCAACUCUUGAUGAAGUAGGAAAUGAAUCUGUUGGUAUGAGAGAUUUGUACAUCUUCUAUGCUGCUUGUGCUGAUAACUGUGCUGAGUGUACAGGACCAAAGGAUUCUGAUUGCAAAAAAUGUGCCAACAAUUGGGCUUUGGUUGGAGGCAAAUGUCAAGCCUUACCAAACUUUGUUCUUUUGGAACAAUCUUUCUUGGAAGAUAAAUUCACAGGAAUCAACGGUUGGGUUCUAACAGGCAACAAGGCAGGAAAAACAGUUAGUGAAUGCAAUGGUAAAUCAAUGGUUGGAGGAUUUGAUAUUAUGGGUAUUGGUGCUAAGGCUACCAAAACAUUUGAUAUUCCACCACACAAGAGACUUAGAUUGUAAUCAACAAUCUAUAAGAUUGACUCUUGGGAUGGAGAAUUCAUGAUUGUUAAGGUCGAUGGCACUGAAGUAUGGAAGACAUCUUGGAAUCUUUAAACUGGAGGUGCCAACAUCUGUGGAUAAGGUGUUUGGUGGGAUGGUUUCACUAGUAUUGAUGAAAUCUUCAAUCAUCAAGCUCCAAAGGCUGAAAUCAUAUAUACAUCCACUUUGGAUCAAGAUGCCAUAGAUGAAUCAUGGGGUUUCAGAGACUUCAAAUUAUGGUAUGAACCAAAGGAGGCCUGUGCAAUCUUCUACAGUGAAUGUGAUUUUAAGGGAGCUUCAUUUGAAUUUUGUUCAAAAUCACCAAACUUCUAGUCAGACAACAUUCCUCCACAAAUUAGAUCCAUCAAGAUUCCACCAUAAGGAAGAGUCACUUUAUAUGAGAAUACCGAUUACAAUGGAAAGAAGGUCACUUAUACAACAGAUCAAACCUGUAUCCAAAACUUCGAUUUUUCAUUGAUUCAAAUGAGUGGACAUAUCGAAGGAGGCUGGAUUGAAGUAGAAUAAUGAUCUAUUAUAUACAU